AUGGAGAUGGACAACAAACUUCUUACGGCAAUGGUGGAAAGAUGGAGAAAAGAAACGCACACAUUCCACCUUCUAGAGGGAGAGAUGACGAUUACGUUGAAGGACGUAGCCAUGCUGACUAAGCUUCCAAUCGAUGGUGAUGCAAUAAUAGAAAGUUCACAGAAGCCAUUGAAUGGUUGGGGCCAAUUUAUAAGCUAG